UAACUUUCUGCAUGGAAUUAACUUUUGUGAAUCGAAUGUUACGUAACAAAACGAAGCCUUUCGCACAAACCUUGUUCAGUGGUUCGAAGGUCAUGGAUGACCUGGGUGCGUGCUAAGUCAGUGAACCCGCAUCACGUCAAAGUCCGUUUCCUUUUUCCUUCGUUCGCCCCUGCAAGUCAAGCAUGACUUCCCCAAAGCAACGGAACGAGAGGACGAGCGCAUACCUGAUUAACACAUUUCGAGCAUAAAUUCAGGCUCACUAGUUGGCUUCGUUCGCUACGGCUGCAAUGUUGUAGUUUAUAAUCAGUUUUUUUUUCACACAAAGCUGCAGUUAUUCCAGCACAGGAUAUUCGUGACACAGUUGUCCUUGAGUUGCACAAAACACCACACGACAGAAGAAUGUUCUCCAACGAACAGGGCAUCAAUCGAUACAACUAUCGAACACGUUUCCAGGAAAUGGAAGAUAAAAUUAAAAAAUGUGAAUUAGAGCGUACUCAGCUGGAGCAAAAAUUCAGUCAACUAAUGCGGGAACGCCAGGAAUGCGAGAAGGCAGCAGCCCGCUCUCUGAAACUGAAAUACAAGCGGAUGCUGGACCUGGAACGGCAGCGAGCGGAGAGAAACGAAGAACUGCUGCGGAUGUUGCACAAAGUUGACCAGCAAGCAGCUUCCUUGGCGGCGAAAACCGAUCGUCUUAAGCUACUAAAGACCCAGUACGAAUCAUAUCUCGUUCGGUCCUGGUCGUCACAGCGAGCUCUUGCUCCGCGUUCGCCUUCAUUUCAAAGUUCCCCUCAACCACAAAUUUUUCUUGGGGCAUCGAACAACAGCGCCAAUCUUCCCUAUGCUGGGUUUCCUAAUUCACCGAGAUCGGAGUUCGUCAAAUAUCUUUCCGAUCUGACACACGUUCAAACUGUAGAACACAAUCCAUAUCCAAUGCCGAUGGCACUCGCGAACUACAUCGAAAAUCAACAGCAGCCGGCAAGAUACUAUCAUCCACAAACUGGCCCAUCGUGGACCCAGCCAACGACACAAACAGAUCCAUGUCAAGUUUCAGAACUUGAAGUUCCUCCAACGCCACGUCACUUCUUAACCGUUCCUCAGUCGAGUCCCCGUAAAUUCGAACUCUCCAAUGAGGAGUUCAUCAACUACAUCGACAACGAAAUCCUGAAGGGACCGAUCGCCGGUACAGCAGCUGAGAACAUCGUGACUCCCAGCAUCGUAGUCAACCCACCGGCGGUAGUCGCAACGCUUCAUCCGACGGUUGCCUAUUUAGAAGACGUCGUCAACGACGAAGAUUCAGCUACAAUACAAAAACCUCUAGAUACGAGUUCAAAUAUUAUAGAGGAACUGGUCGAAGAUACCGCUCUGAUGACCAUAAACGAUCAGCCGUCGGAAGUUGAAGCCGUUGAUACUCCGAACCAACAACUGAACUCUACUGCACAAAUGAAAGAACCACCAUCACAAGAAAUUAUAUUCAGUACUGAAGAAAUUCUCGAGAACCCGGUGACUUUCGCGGAACUGGAAAUUGGCGAACCAAAACAACUAGGGAUUGAAGAUGAGGUUUCCUCGGAAGAGCAAGUACAUGAAACGACUGACUUAGAAGAUCCAAAACAGAAUCAAAACGAAUACCAACCAGGUUAUGAACAAACAAAUGCACCGGAGAGCGAUUAUCCACAGCAACAGUACAGCGCAGAAGCCAUUGAGUACGAGGGUUACGAACCGGACAACACUCACCGAGAGUACAGUGCUGAGGAUCCGUCCGAAUAUCAGUACACUUACGAGCAACCUGUGAUCGAGCAAAGAUUAUCACCGGAGCAAGAAUCGACGGAAGCAAAAACAUCGCCACCGGAAGGUACUAACUAUUGGUCAACGGCUCGUCAGGCAAUCGAAACAAAGGAAUUCGCGAAAAUCGCCGAAUCCCGUGAAUCAGAAACGAUCGAAGUUGCAGUCGAUGGAGAUCAAAGGACAGAACAACCCAUCCGAACGGAAUCUAAACGUGACUCUCCAGUCACGUCUGUCCCGCUGGAACCAGUACAGGAGCAGGAGCAAUUUGAACAGCAGAUGGAUCCCACUCAGUACGAAGACUACUCCCAGUAUCAGCAGGAGUACGAUCAAUCGGCCGAACAGGAAGCAUACCAAUAUCAGCAAGACGUUGCCCAACAACAAUAUCCCAUGUACGAAGAUCAAUCGGGAGCGAUAGAAGCGUACCCAGAAUAUGCAGUAGGUGAUGAAACUGAUCCUAGCCAGUACCAGCAGGCUACGGAAUAUCCUGGUCCAACGCAGUAUGUUUACGAACAAAACUACUACGAUCAACAGCAACCGGAAAAUCAACAGCCGUAUGAUCCCAACCAGAUCCCAGACUACUACGAUCCGAAUGCAGGUGAUGAGCAACAGCAGAAUUAUUACACAUCCGAACAACAGCAGCAAGAGAUGUACGAUCAAACUCAGGCGUCAACCGAAUACAACGUGGCUUCCGCUAAUGUACAUGAAAGUAUUCCAGAAGAACCGGAACCGGUAGAACAGCAGCAAGAGGAAAAACAAGCGGAUUCCACAAACGAUCCAGCCGCGGAAAGUGACACGGCUAAUCAACCGAAAGGCGAACUUCCAGAAACCAGUGGCGCCGUCCCAGCAUCCACGGAUGAUAAGAAUGAUACUACGAUUAGUUCGGUGAAUGAUGAGAGUGAUUUUGAUUUCUCCACCCAGUAGAGAAUGGCUUGUAUUAGCGCAGAGGUAAUCGUUAAGCUUCAAGUUUCCGUUGAUUGUAGAAUUCAGCUGAAAAAUUUGUACAUCAUGGCGGCACGUCAAAACUGUAGAUUUGCACAUGAAGGAAUAAAAGAAAAUAUCCGAUUAAGGAUCAACAAUC